CUAUGGAUGAUACCCUUUGGUGGCGAUUGCAGUAGCGUUCCACGAGAUGAGGAGGAUAUCAUGGAAGGAGCAUUGGGAGCUACGAAGGCGCUGCGUGCAGUGCAUGGAAAGAAAUAUACUGUUGGUAGCAUAUGUAACGUCAUCUAUCAAGCUAGUGGUGGAUCAAUUGAUUGGACCUAUGCAAAAGGUCAAGUGAAGUAUUCUUAUGGGGUCGAGCUCAGGGACACAGGACGUUAUGGUUUUCUAUUACCAGAGACAGAAAUCAUCCCUUCAGGCGAAGAAACUUUUGCAGCGGUCAUGAGCCUGGCAAGCUUCAUCCGUAAGCGCGAAAAACAAUGGGGUUACAUGAUCUAGGAGAGCAAGAGAGCAGUGAAGAAAACAGAGCAGGAAGAGCGUAGAUCCGUCAAUAUAAACAAUAAAGUGUAGUCUUUUGAUCUUUUCGAGGUUUUCGUUUGGAUUCUCUCUUUGGCAUUGUUAAUGUCGUCCAGCGGGAG